AGUGCGCGGGCGCUGCUUGAUCCAGUGUCUCUUAAACAACGGUGACAGACAGACAUUAUUGUUUGAACAAUCGCUAGUUUACUGACCGUGGAGUGUAUAAUGGCGUCGGACGCGAACAAAAUAUCUAUUGUUACAAUUACAAUUCUGUGCUUUUUAUUGGCCCUAGUCAAAGCCACGAAAGUAGACAUCACACAGCAAUGGAAGCCAGACUUCGGGUGGGAGGUGACCUGUUCCUGGAACCUGUACAUGAACGACACUCUACAGUCCGUCAACUUGAGCAAGAAUAAGCAGCAGUUCUUCAUAUUCAGACCUUAUAAUGAGUACGGGAACCUCCGAAAGACUCAAACUUGGGACCUAGCGGAAUCCAUCAUAAAGGUGGACUGCGUGGAGGCGGUCGACAGCGGUAUCAAGGGCAAAUGUGUCCUGUCUAUAGAACCCCAAGUCCCUCCGAAGAAAGAUUUCUCUUUCGGCUGCGAAGUUUCAGGGGAGAGACCAUAUUUUAGGAUGGCAAACCAAGAAAUUGUUGUUGAAGCGUUAAUUCCACCCAGCAAUGCUGAGAUGAAAGCGGUGACGUCAGAAUCCGGCCGAGUGACGUUGAACUGCACCUCCAGUGGACUACCAGCUCCCAGUAUAAUAUGGACUGUUGAUGGAGAAACACAAAGGAUACCCCACGACUUCCACAGCACACCGGUAUGGAACGCCACAUCCAAGCUCUGGGACGUGUGGUCCUCCAUCACGCCGCCUCCAGAAGUGCUGGACAAAAUUCAAUGCACGCCAGAAGUAAUAAAGGGAAACCAAGUCGUGAGAGGAGCAUCGGCGCAGUACAACGACGCGCAGAGACAGAUUUUAGAUGGGACGAUACUUAUCAUCAGUGCAAUGAUUUUGUUGUUAUUAUAAAAUAAAUUGAGGUAAUAAUUUGGAUACUUAAUAAAAAACAUUUGUUCGUUUGUUGUUUUUAUUUUCGGUAGAUUAUUCUUAUCGUUGUAAACGACUAUUAAAUUAAGCUGCAGACACACUUGACUGAGAUUUAAGAAUAGAAGAAUAAUUUAAUUUCCGAACGUGAGGUAGAAAUAGGUCAUAAGGUAUAUGCCAUCAGAGACCUUUACUUCAAAUAAAGUAGGUAACAACAGAUAGGUAUAACUCAUUUAUUUAUUGUCAGGAAUUGAGAAUUUGGUACUAAAAGCUUAUCAAAUUAAUUUUAAUUUAGAAGAAUUAAAUGAACAAGUAAACUUGAUAAUACUUUAUGACUGUAAAUAAAAAGACGCACAAGUGUAACUGCAGCUUAAUAUUCUUAUUGCAUAAAUCGUUUUUGGCUUGUUAAUUUUAUUACUGUUUAAGAUAUUACACAAUGAGUUUACAGUGUUCAUUAUCUUAUUUUAUAAUUACCUAUAGGUAACAAACAACAAUGAGUUCAUGUUUCACGAAGUACCUAUUAAAAACUUACACAAUUUUAAUGAAACUGUUAAUCUAUUUUAUGUGCGACAUUUAAUUAAAUUAAGUAUAAUAUUAUUAUUAAAUGUGUUAAUUUAAAACGUGCUUAUACAAUUGUAAAUAAUAAACACUGGACGUUAUAAUAGUAAAUAUGAAUUAGUUUUGUAAAAGAGAACGUAUAAUAAAAUAUCUUUUUAUGAUUUGUAAAUUAAUAGAUAGGGUUCUGAAGAAAUAUAAUUUAGUGAAUAAGUUUUUAGGUGCCAUUUAGUUGAAGUUUAAAUAAAACAAAUCAGGAACAAUAGUUGUUUUACCGUUUGAUUUGAAUACCACUCCAUGUGUUUAAGUAAAUUCAAAUACCUUCUUAACAGGACUGUUCCAUUAGCAGCCCUGUAUUUUUCUAACCAAUUCAACUAAAUGGCCUUUUAAUAGACAUAAUAAUAAAUAAGUAAUGUUCGAAUGUUAAUAUUACACUAAACAAGAGGUAGGCCUGAUAUUUAAGACAUUCAAACGAUGAACAAUGAGGUUGAUUAAUGAUCUCUAAUAAUAUUACUAUCACAGUGCCAUCACUCUUCAUGUCGGUGAAUUCAUUACCUAUCAAGUUAGUUGAAUGGUCAAUCAACAGUGACAAGUGUAAGCCUAAAUGCAGACGUGCAGACCACCGAUUUUUGUCGGCCGAUAGUUUAGUCGGGCAUUUAAUCAGUAUGUGCUGUAAAGUGCGCGCACAUUACAUCGUCCGAUUCUUCAUACAAAUUAUAAUCGGGCCCAACUAUCGGUCGACUAAAAGUAUGUAAUCUGGGAGUCUUAUUGUGUGGUCUUAUUUAUGGAAACGUUACAUAAGAAUCGGUCAAGCCAUUUCUGAGAUGUUUUGUUAACAAUACUGUGACACGAGAAGUUGUCGAGCUCAGAGCUAUCAAAAUGCAAUGCGGUAUCGAAAUAUUACAACCAAAAUUAACUGCCGAGACCAAAAGUAAAGUCAACUAUGGCCUAUACUUAUCAAUAUUUUGGGGCACGGUAGUGUACUAAGCGAUGUUUUGAGUUUACAUUAAUAAUAAUUUAUUAAUGUGUACCUUUGAAUUGACAACUAAAUGAUACCAUCAAUUAAUCAAGUUGUAGUGUCAUUGAUCAUUUCUUUAUCAGAUUUUUUAAUACUUUAGAUAUAAUAUAAGAUAAUGAAUUCAUCGACAGUUGAACCAUAUCAAUAAUUCAGUCUGCCCGCCAGGCGAGUGCAGCUAUGCGCAAAUUAUGACUUAAGUAACGUUGAAAUCGAAUUCACAUUUAAUAUUUUCAACCAUUUGGUCACCGAAAACUUGGAUAAGUGUUUGACAACUUUCUUUCUUUUCAUGCACAACCAAAAUUAAUGCCUGCACCUCUCUAUUUUCUUUCGCAUUUAGAUACACAUCUUUCAACGGUGACACUUUUUAUAAAAAUUCAAAUGAUUUUGUUUUUUAUUUUUACGUACGAAGUUUACGAAUUAUUCUUCCUUUUUUUAUGAAUGUUUAACUUUCAAAGGAAGAAAUUUUUUGUAGACUGAUUAGUAAUUACUUUUAUACAAUUGUAAUUAUUGCUUCUUUAAUUAAGGUUUAAGUGCUCUGUUUCACAUCUUUAUAAUAUGAAGCGAUUAUUAAGUUUCAUCAUCUAGGUCUUCGUGAUUGAACAAUAUUUUUUAAAUUAAAACUACACAAUUUGCGCAUAACCUUACAUCAAAUACCCCUCUAAUAAUCAUAACGGAGGCCAGAAAAAACGCACACAUAUAAUAUUAAAAUGUGUAAAUAUAAUUGAACACUAAUAAACGAGUCAUUUUGUGCUGAACUUGGACAUUUUUUACAUUUCAACGAAUUAUUCUAUGUGUAUAUAAAAUGACAUUCGAAUAUUGACGUUAUUGUCAAAUAGAGAUAAUAGUAAGUGACAGUUAUGAUGG